UCCUACCUCUCCAUCUCUCUGUCUGUCUCUCUCUCUCUCCCUCCCUCGUGGAGUGUGAGGCAGGGUGUAGGUGUCAGCAGAGUGCAUUUAUUCUCUGAGGAGUGUGAAGGAUCAGUGCAGGACUCUGUCACAUUGUCGGGAGAGACAUGCAGAGGUACGGCUCCAGGGCUACCAUCACCACGACCGCAGACACCCAGGACCUGAACAGCGAGAGAAGGAUUCGGCGUCUCAGGUUGACCCUGCACUCCAAUGACUCCCCAGGACAGGAUGGGACCAGGGGAUCCAGCGCAGACACGCAGGUGGACAAAGCGUUCAACAGCUCCAGAAGGAGGAGGAAUGGCUACAUCCAAUCAGAGAGGCCAGCAAGGGUGGAGCCACCGGUGCAGCACCUCACAAAUGGGGCAGGGGACCAGUCGUUGCAGACCGGGCCCAAGGUGUACGGCGUGGUGCAGAGGACUGGUGCAGACAGCCAGCAGGAAGUGAUGGCAUGCCAGUGGUCUGUCAAUCACCUGAGGGACGAGAUGAGGUACAUCAAAGAGGUGCGAGAAUCCCUGGAGAAAGUGAGGGAGAGGAUGUACGGCCAGUUUGGCAGCAUGCAGCAGUCUGUGCAGAGGCUGUCACGAGACAUAAUGUCAGCCCAGGCUCAGAGGCGGAGCUUGGAAGCGGAGGUGAGGUCACGGACCACAGGGAUGGAGAGCUUUGACCAAAUGAACAGCUCCCUCAUAUCUGCCAACAUCGACCUGCAGAAGUCACUGCUGGAGUCGUGCUCGGACCGCGUGCAGGCUCGUGAGGAGCUGAAGAGUCUCCGCGCUUCCUAUGAGCGAGCCGAGGAGAGCCUGAGAGAGAAGGAACGACAGCUGGCAGCUGCCCAGACAGAGAACAAUACACUAAGGCAGCAGGUAGAAUCCUGUCACGAGGCCCACUCCAAGCAGCUGCAGGAGCUGACCCUGAGGCUGCGGAGCCAGUACGAGGAAAGGCUACAGGAGGAGAGACGCAAACACGAGGAAGAGGUGGAGGCUCUGCAGGCACAAAUUGCAGAUUAUGUGAGGCAGAUUGAGGAGGCAGAGAAGAAUGCCAAGAUAGCAGAGGCAAAGAUUGCCGAACGGGACCAGAGGAUCAGUGAAGUGGAACGUCUCCUGGCCUGCAUGGGGCAGGAGAAGAGCCAGCUGGAGCAGAAGCUGAGGGAUUGCGAGCUGCGUCUGCGCAGACUGGAGCAGACGGACCACGUGGACGCAGCUACAGCCAAGAGGACUCAGCGGCUGGAGGACGAGGCUGCGGAGCUUCGGGAGAGAAUCAAACACCUGAACGACAUGGUGUUCACUCAGCAGAGGAAGGUGAAGGGCAUGAUCGAGGAGGUUGAAACGUUAAAGGAAAAAGUGGCACAGAAGGACAUGUUUAUCACUGAGCUGCUGGACAGAAUUGCUAUCGUGGAGUGUGAGAACAAUGAGCUAGAGGACAAGGUGCAGUAUUUCCUGUCUCAGCAGAAAGUGCAAGGAAAUCCAGUUGCCACCAGAGAUGUUGGAGUGGGCUGUGAUCUGCCCCAGGGGCCUGAACAGCAGCCUCUGACUGCAGUCACAGCCCCAGCUAGAGUGAGGUCGAGCCUUCCUGUACACAGCAGAAUGGAGUCCAGCGUGCUCAAAUACACACCCCAGCAGUACAGCUCCCUGCUGCAGUCCACACACACCCAGCAGAGCAGAGUGGUGAUGCGGUCAACGAAUUGUACCACCGUCAGGAGAACUCCAGCCCAGUCUGGCCCGGUCCUUUCCGUCACUGAAGAAUCCAGCCUGGUGCAGUCCACUUCGGUCCAGUCCAACCACAGGGCACGGUCCGGUCCACCAAAUCUUUACACACCGUACAUGAAGCUCAUGGAAAUAGCCGCAAAUAUUAAAACAGAGAGAAAUUAGGCACUUGCCACUGUGGCUUACAGCCGCCGGAAGGCAGCUCUGAUCUCCCUAAUGUGUAAAACGUUGCAUGAGACAUCUCUGGCAUGAUGAUCUGUGACAUCACAAUUACAGUAUUACUCCUUUGCCUCACUGGCAGUUGACAAAUCAAGAUGUAUCUCUCAUUGUGAAGAAAUGAUCAUAUCUGAAUGAUAAACACAUGUUUUUAGCUCACUUCGCACAAUAUAUACGGCUAAUGAAAUCAGUAUGCUUAUGUACACAUGUAAAUAACGGUAUUAUUGUCUCGAACUGUAUAUGAUUUAUUUUGA